AUGUAUGCAGAAGUUUGUGCUUAUUUAACGACCAAUCGAUAUUUUGAAUUACCAAACUACGACAAAACUCUAAUCAAUUUUACAUCAAUUUUUUGUUUUACAAUCUUUAUUGGCAUGUGUUUUAUUGGCGUUGGAAUUAUUAGACGUUCUGAUUGGAAAUUCGGUUAUAACGAUGAUGAUGAACCUGAAAAACAUUUAUCUGAGGAAACAAUCUCGACAGCAACUGCAUUAUUAUCAAAAACACCUCGAAAUAGUAUUAUUCACUCAUCAAAACAAACAACAUCUUCUGUUCGCCAUCGAGUUCAUUUUGAAUCUUUGGAUGAAUGUAACCAUUUACAUAACAGUGAACGCAUGUAG